AUGCGGCCGCCCUCGCGGUUAUUUGUGGGACGGAAACACCUGCAGCGCCGCCCGAAACUGCAGCCAGCCGCCGGGAUGCGCGUGCCGAGCGGGUGCCAGCCGCUCCCGCCGCCGCCGAAGCCGUGCACUAGCAUCGGCGAGGCGAUAAAAGGGCAGGAAGGAGGUUAUGUGGCAAAGAGACUCCAGUACAGGCUGGGGACCGACCUGCUGGAGAUCAGCUCUGCAGAGAGGAACCUGGGCAUCGUGGUGGACAACAAAUUGACCACGAGGCAGCAGGCGUUUUCGGAGCUCUCGGGAACGCGCCCCGCAGCGCGGGAGGAGGCGGCGCGGCCCCGCCCGCCUGACGGGAUCGCGGCGCGACGGUUUUGCUGCAGGUGCGGGCCGAGCCGCGCCGAGCCGCGCCGAGGCGGCCCGGGCAGGAGCGCGGCGGCCGUGACGCGUGUCCGUGUGUCCCUGUGUCCGCAGGUGCUGUCGCGGGGGGUCACGUUCGCGCUCAACGCCUUCACGCUCCGCCACCUCUCCCGGGAGCUCAUCGGCGUCGUCGGCGUGAGUAGGCUGACACUGCUCUAUUCAACAGUUCUCUUCCUGGCCAGGGAGGCGUUUCGCAGAGCUUGUCUGAGCGGAGGCACGAAGCGCAACUGGACAAAAACCAUCAACCUCCUCUGGCUAACGGUUCCUCUUGGCGUUUUCUGGUCUGUUUUCUUGGGCGCAGUCUGGCUGCAGUUGCUUGAAGUGCCUGAUCCUACCGUGGUUCCUCAUUAUGGGGCUGGUGUGGUGGCAUUUGGUCUUUCUGCAGUUAUUGAGCUUCUGGGAGAACCUUUCUGGGUUUUAGCACAAGCUCAUUUAUUCGUGAGACUUAAGGUAAUUGCUGAAAGCUUUUCUGUAUUGUCAAAAUGUGUUUUAACGGUUAUUUUAGUAAUACUUUAUCCUCAGUGGGGCCUUUACAUCUUCUGCCUGGCACAGCUUUUAUAUACCAGUGUACUGGUAAUGUGCUAUGUCAUUUAUUUUAUGAUAUUUCUGGGAUCUCCUGAAGCAACAAAGAAGUCAUUUCCAGUCACUCGAAUGAAAGCGCUUUUACCAAACUUGGUAGAAGAUGAGACUUUUGUUAACUGGAAAGAGGCACGAUUGACUUGGAGUUUUUUCAAACAAUCUUUCUUGAAACAGAUUUUGACGGAAGGGGAACGAUAUGUGAUGACUUUUUUGAAUGUGUUGAAUUUUGGAGAUCAAGGUGUAUAUGAUAUCAUAAAUAACCUUGGCUCACUGGUGGCCAGGUUUAUAUUUUUGCCUAUUGAAGAGAGCUUUUAUGUCUUUUUUGCUAAAGUAUUGGAAAGAGGGAAGAAUGUAAAGCUCCAAAAGCAGGAUGAUGUUGCUAUGGCUGCAAGUGUGUUAGAAUUGCUGUUGAAGCUUGUCCUUCUGAUUGGCCUUACCAUCACAGUUUUUGGCUAUGCCUAUUCUCAACUGGCUCUGGAUAUUUAUGGAGGCUCAAUGCUCAGUUCUGGAACAGGUCCGAGUCUUCUUCGAUGUUACUCUCUCUAUGUCCUAUUUCUUGCUGUCAACGGAGUAACAGAAUGUUUUACAUUUGCUUUGAUGUGCAAAGAGGAGGUAGACAGGUACAACUUUGUCAUGCUGGCCUUGUCCUUCACGUUUCUGUGCAUCUCUUAUUUCUUGACCCAUUGGCACGGCAGCGUUGGCUUUAUCCUUGCCAACUGCUUCAAUAUGGGUAUUCGAAUAGCCCACAGCAUCCACUAUAUCCAUGAUUUCUUCAAAGAAAGCAGUUACAGACCUCUGGCAGGCUUGCUGCCCUCACCACUUCUGCUACUUGUGUAUAUCAUAAGUGGAGCAAUUACUGUUUUCUCGGAGGUGUUUUUUUGCUGCGACCAGGGUUGGGUGGCCAGGCUGCUGCACGUCGGCGUGGGAGCCCUGUGCUUCGCAGCAACCAUCGCUACCAUGUUCCACACGGAGACCAAGCUCCUCCACUUCAUCAGAGGCCAGUUCCUCUCACAGUACAUGAAGAAAGGAACCUAAAACGCUCGUGUGGAGAACAGAUAUUGUACACGCUUGCAAUGAAGGGCUCUGUUUUUGCACGUAAAAUAUG